AUGCACCUAAACCAUUUAAAUUUCAUAUUUCCAAAUUUUCAGAAAAUUGUCCAAACCUUUGGUAUCGAUGAUUUGAUUGAUAUUAAAUUCUACGAGAAUCGCAACAAUGGUCAAAGCAAAGGGUUUGCUCUUGCUGUUUUUGGAAGUGAGCCGUCUGUCAAAACUCUUAUGGAGAAAUUGCCAAACAAACAAGUGCACGAGCAGAAUCUCGUCGUCUUGCCCUAUACUAAACAAUCAUUGGCUAAGUUAGAAGAAGCAACUAAACGUUAUGACCAAAAGAGUGGUGAUCGAGAGCGUAGUCGUGACAACCCUGUAAAGGAAGAAAAGAUUGUGAAUAUUGGCACAAUUCGUAUUGGCACUAACGGUGCUCCUGUGCCGCAACUUAUGUCUUCUAUUAAUUUGGCUCAUUUGGCGAGACCUGUUGUUCCGCAACCACCACACUCUCAGCCAACUAGUCUUCUAAGCUUGAAUUUUAAUGCUCCACCAGUUCCUACCUCCGUAACAACAGUUAAUGUGCCUCCACCAGUUGGCUUUCCUCAUAAUGUGCGCCCACAACAAGCUGCUUCAGUUGGUCUUAUGUCUAAUGUUUCUACUGGUUCUGUUAUGCCAUCAGGUACGCCUAAUCCAAUGAACAAUACAACUGCUGUAAUAGUUCAACAACAGCACCCGCAACAACAGCAACAACAAAUUGCAGCUAUGGCCGUUGCUGCCCACCAUCAACAACAGGCAGCUGCUGCGGCUCUUUUAAUGCAACAACAACAACAGGCGGCAGCUGUUGCUGCAGCUAACCAACAACGCCAGAAUUUAGCGGCGGCGGCGGCCUCAGCUCCACCUCCCAUUGGUGGUAUUGUCCAUCACCAGCCACCUCUAACUAACACUUCCCAGCAACAAGCCCUUCAACAGGCAAUGAGUCGACCUCCCCCGUCUUUUUCUACAUUAGGCUAG